AUGGCAUCUGAAGCAGUCGCUAGCUCUGCCACCGAGGGUCUGACCCCGGCGCAGAAGCUUAUGCAGGAACAUGCCGACCACCAUGUCACUGUCGAGGACGUGCCCGACGAGGAGGACCUCACCCAUCCUCCUGCCUCCGCCAAGCCUGAUGCCGAUGCCGCUGCUCCUCUCAGCGAGAAGGCUGCUGGCAAGCAAAAGGCCGAAGACGCUCCUGCCGCCCCGAAGAAGCCCGCGCUCAACACUCAGUCCGAGGAGGCCUUCCCGGCUCUCGGCCCCGUCAAGCCUCGAGCUCAGGCUUCUGUUGCGCCUACCUGGGGCAAGAAGCCUGCCUCUGUCACCUCCAACGGCGCCAAUGGCACUGCAAAUGGCUCUGCCCAGUCUAUUCCCACCCGUGGCCCCGCCCUCCCGUCCAUGAACAUCCCCGGCAAGCACACGGAGCGCAUUUCUCUCGCUGCCAACCAGGUCGCUCCUCGUGGUGAGCUGAAGAAGCCCAUCAAUGAGAUUGUCCGCGAUAUCAACAGGCGCUCCAAGGCCAAGCUUGACUACAAGCAGGGUCAGGGAGCACUCAUCUUCGAGGCCACCGGUCCCGUUGAAGCGGUCAGGCAAGCUCUCAAGGAAGUCGCCAACGAACAAUCCGUCGAUGUCCCCGUCCCCGCCUCUGUUCGCGCCCACAUCAUUGGUCGUCAAGGUUCCAAGAUCCAGGAAAUCAGCAAGCGCACCGGCGCCCGCAUCCAGGUCCCCAAGGCCGAGCCGGGCGAGGAUGAGGAUACCGUUGUCAAUGUCCACAUUGAGGGUAACGCCUUGACUGCUGAGAUGGCUCGUCGUGAGAUUGAUGCUAUUGUCAACGAGCGCACCUCGACUGUGAACCUCCGUCUCAAGGACAUUCCUGCCGAGUUCUAUCCUUUCCUCGCUGGUCCCAACAAUGUCCAUACCGACAGGCUUGUCCAGGGUCGUGAUGUCAACAUUCAGAUCCCUCAGUACCACACCUGGCAAUCUCAGGCACCUCCCCAGGCGACUCGUGGUCAACCCGCCCAGUUCGCUCCCCAGGCGAACUUCCCCAUCCAAGUCUCUGGUGACCGCGCCGCCGCACAGCAGAUCCAGGCUGAGCUUGAACGUCGUGCUCAGCAACUCCGCCAACAACUGGCUAUUGAGCAACGAUCCAUCGAGCGCGGCCGACACCAAUUCAUUGUUGGUGACCGGGGUAACUCUAUUCAUGAUUUCCUCGAGGAGACUGGUUGCAGCAUUGUCCUGCCUCCAAGCUCCGACGACAGCGAGACCGUCUACAUUGUCGGUCCGCUCAACAAGAUUGAGCAGGGUAUCAACAAGCUUGAAGACCUUGCUGCUAGCAUGACCAUGGCUACUGCGGAUGCUGCUCGUGAACACAAGGGUCCCAACUCACAAGCACACGCCCACAACCUCACGCGCUACUUGCGCCAACGGAAGGCUCUGGCUGACCUUGAGCGCAUGCACGAGGCUAGCAUCGUCGUUCCUACAGACCGUGAUGCCCCAACCGGAUGGGAGAUCUACGCUCGCGAUGGAAAGAACAGCAUGAAGGCCCGUGGCGACAUCAUGAGCGUCUUUCAGUCGCACCCGCCUAGCCGUUUUGCGACCAUGGACGUUGAUCCUUUCUACCACCAGUUCUUGCGACAGCAGAACGCACCCAAGGUCCGACAGGACCAUGGUGUUCACAUUGUCUUCCCUGACGAGACCGAGCAAUCACCAGAGUUGAUUCUCGUCUACGAGGGUCAGACCCCAUACGACGAGUACGCUAUUCCUCGUGGCCGACCCUCCCCAGCUGAGGUCAAGGCAUACCAGCAAGGUCUGCAAGAUGCGCAGCGCUUCAUCCUUGGUCUGACCAAGAACCAACCACAAAUCGAUACUCGUGGUCUGGAAUCUAACCCCAAGUUCCACCGCAAGAUUGAGCAGUUCGUCAAUGAGCAGCAGCAGGGCCUCAACCCUGACCAAGUUCCCGUCCAGGCCCUGUUUGGCCAGCGACGACCGGAGCCCCACAGCCGCUCAAACAACAGCUUUGCCAUUCGCGGACCAUCAAACGCUGUUGAUGAACUCAACGCCAAGAUUCUCGCUUUCAUCGAGCAAGCUGAGAAGGAUGAGCUUGAGCGCAACCACGUAACUACCUUUGAUUACCCCCAGAAGUAUGCCAGCCACCUCGUUGGCAAGGGUGGAGAGAACAUCCAGCGUUUGCGCCAGAAGUACGACGUUGAUGUUCAAAUCAACGACGGAAAGGUUGAGCUGAAGGGACCUUCAGCCAAGGCUCAGCAAUGCAAGAAGGACAUCCUUGACAUGGCGAAGAAGCUCGAAGACGAGGCUACCCAUGUCUUGAAGGUUGCGCCUCAGUUCCACCGUGACCUGAUCGGUGCCGGCGGCAAGCAAGUCGAGCGUCUGCAAGACCGCUAUGGUGUACGCAUCAACUUUCCUCGACGCGCACAACACGAUGACGAGGCGGGAGAUGCAUCAUCACAGAAGAACGUUCGUUCUGGUCAGAACCAAGACGAAGUCAUUGUUCGAGGUCCCAGGAAGGGUGCAGAUGAAGCCCGCGACGAGGUGCUUAGUCUGCUCCAGUACAUCAAGGACAACUCUUUCAGCGACACCGUCUCGGUCGCUCAGAGCAACAUCCCUCGUCUGAUCGGAUCAGGCGGUCGCGAGAUGGAGAACCUCCGCCUCGAGACUGGCUGCCAGAUUGACGUUCCUGGUGCACGCGAUGGUGCUGACCCAUCCGGCCGCGCAGAGAUCAAGCUCAAGGGCACCAAGAAGGCGGUUGAGGCAGCCAAGAAGGUCCUACAAGAGCGUGCCCGCGAGUUUGACGAUACCAUCGUUGAGACUCUGGAGGUUGACAGGAAGCACCACAGGAACCUCAUUGGUGGCAGUGGUGCCAACAUCCGCUCCAUCGUUACCUCGGCUGGCGGGCCGGACAACUCUCGCGACUUGGCUCGCAUGGUGCGUUUCCCUCGUGCAGAGUCUGACGAGUCGGCUAUUCGUGUUGAAGGACCCAAGAGCGUAGUGGAGAAGAUCGUUGCCGCUCUGAAGGCGCAGGUCUCCUCGCUAGAGAACCAGACUACUGAGACCCUCGAAGUUUCUCCUGACAAGCACCGUCUACUUAUUGGUCGUGGUGGCGAGACACGUCGCUCCCUCGAGUCGCAGCUCGGCAUCCAGCUCGACAUCCCUAAGCAGACCACUACCGGUGCUGCUCGUAGUCAGGUGAAGAUUACUGGUGAGCCUGCUGCCGUUGAGAAGGCCAAGGAGCACAUCCUCGAGCUUGUCAAGGGCCAGGAAGGCGAGACCAUCCAGGUUCCCCGUCACCUUCACCACACCAUCUCGGAUAACGGCCAGUUCUUCCGUCAACUACGCAACCAACACAAGGUUACCGUUGACCACGGCGGUGAACAAGUCCCCGCGAAGCCUGCCCAAACCGAGGCUGGACGGUCCAGGAAGGGCGCCAACGGUGCUCUUCCUUUGAUCACCGACGAUGCGACCACUGGUGCUGAUGAGCACUCAUGGGAGAUUGUCGACAACAACGCUCCGGAGGAGGGUGCUGAUCUCUCCGCCACCAUCCCCUGGAUCCUGCGCGGACCUACUGAAAACCUUCCCAAGGCCCGUCAAAGGCUCGAGGAGGCUAUCAAGGCUGCAUCCAAGCCUUCCUCUACUGGCUACCUCAUUCUGCCCGACCCAAGAAGCUACAGGCUUGUUGUCGGGCCCGGCGGUGCCACAAUUAACGAUCUCCGCAAGAAGACCGGCACAAAGAUCCAAGUGCCCCGCGACCAAGCCAAGGAUGAGGCGAUUGAGAUUGUCGGUACCAAGGAUGGCUGCGAGGAGGCACGCCAGAUGAUCCUCGAUAUCGUUUCCAGGGGUGGUAACGGCGGCGGUCGUAGGGAGCGCGCUUAG